AUGGUAGACAUAAGCACCUCAUCAUUACUGCAAAGCAACCUAACGACAAUUUUACAUUGGCCUGUAGCACGUAAAAUCGAAUUACUUUCGUCAUUUUCUCAAUGUUCAGCGCCAUUAUGUUUGUGUGCUGGAUGGAUCAAACCUAAUGAAAUUAUAGUCAAUGAUAUCACAACCAAUGAUGAUACAACGAUAACGCGUAAACCGUUAUUAUGCGUUGCAUGCCAACAUUCAUUUGAUGUGCAUUACAAUGAAAAGACCAAAGCAAAAUAUUGGUCAUCAGAAUCUUCACUCGAGCAAGUCGAUUCAGCCAUUCAAACCUUACUUGAUGCUGAUCUUUUGAUUCGUUUUGCAACAUCAUCGUCACUGUCUGAUCAACAUGAUUUAUCAACGAAUCGAACGCUUCUAUUUGUUGCACAAACCUUACAAUCGACAAUUACAACAAUGGCCAUUCACACAACACGACGAGAAUUAGUUCAAUCAAAUAUGGUCAAUUUAUUGGGAAUGUGUCCAUUCGAACAACCGUGCAUACGCGAUGCGGUGAUUAAUUUUAUUUGUUCAACAUCAUCGACGUUUACUUCGUCAGCAACAAAUGAUAAUCAGCAAAUACAUGUUGUUUUCGAAGCGGGAAAACAAUUCUUACAUUUGUUAAAUACAUGGAAAAUGUCAUCACAUGUCGCUCAUCAACUAUGGGCACAGCAGCAAUCAUCACCGCAAACAAAUAUCAGAAAAAACACGAAUUAUGAACUGUGGUAUGCUCGCUGGGUCGGUUAUUGUAUUAUUCCUCAACUAUGUCCAAAAUCUUUGACAAAAUACGAUCUCAUCACCAUAUUUGGCCAAGAAUAUCUUCUACUCAUAUUUGAACAUUUCAAAUCAGAUAUGCUAUCGUCGCGUUCGUUAACGCCAUCGUUGUUGCGUUUUUUCGACACUUUUCAACAAACACUACUUGAACCCGAUGCACCAUGUUGGUCAACAUCCUAUGAACGACCAGUCCUACCUAUGCUCGAAGCCAAUAUUGAAUCACUAUUAGGUGCGAGUAAUGACUCAUCCAAUGCACCAAUGAAUGCAAUCAAUGAAACCACCGAAAAGAAGAUCACUCGACGCGUGUCGAAAGCAUUAACGAAUAAAAAGCAAUUGAAAAGAUUAGAACCAAUUCGAAUGCUUGCUUCUUCAUCAGCAUCGUCAUUAUCAGCUGCAGCAUCUUCGUCAACAUCACAAUUACAACAGCAAUUACAGCAAAAUUCAUCUUCGGCACCUGGUAGUGAAUUUGUCAGUCAAGUUUGGACUUGUGUAUGUGAUCGUCAUGAGCAACGUUUACAAGCUGAAAUCGAGAAAACUCUAUUCAAAGCUAAUCCGAAACGUGAUGAAGUCGCACGUCUUGCCGAACAACGAGGUUUUGCCGAAUUUCAUUUAAUCAAACAUGACCUAAGCAAACAUGGAGCCGAUGAAACAGAUUUGAUGUAUAAAAGGCUGUUACAAUUAAUCAACGUGUUUUCACGCGCUCUACCAAAAAUGCCACAGAAUUAUAUUGCCCGUACGGUACUGGACCCGCGACAUCAAUCAUUAAUUAUUAUUUUUGCAUCGAAAGUUAUCGGUGGCAUUUGUUUUCGGAUGUUUCCGCAUCGGAAUUUUUCUGAAAUCGUCUUUUGUGCCGUAAGUGAAUAUCAACAAGUACGUGGCUAUGGUACGCAUCUGAUGAAUCAUCUAAAAGACUAUCAUAUACGAUUAAAUAUAACCAAUCUAUUAACCUACGCCGAUGGCUUUGCUGUUGGUUAUUUCAAAAAACAAGGUUUUUCAUCUACUAUAACAUUAAAUGAACAAGUUUAUACGGGCUACAUCAAAGAUUACGAUGGAGCAACUCUAAUGCAAUGUUCACUCUAUACUCAGGUGACAUAUACACGUUUAACCGAAACAUUAUCCUUAAUUAAAGAAAGUAUUAAUGUUAUUCGAUCGCAUCGUUACAAUCAAAUCAAACUAGCCCAUCCCGAUGCGAAAUUUCUCUCCAAUGAUAUUCCUACAACUGACUUGAGUAACUACGAAGGUCUCCUUAACUACGAUCCGAAUGACACAAUCUCUAAUGACGAUUCAGUUGAUAUUAACUUAUUGUAUAUUACAUUAAAAAGCGUUUAUCAAGAGAUUCGUUUACAUCCUUAUGCUAGUCAUGUACAGAAACGAACUGCUUUUCAAGAUUAUUUAUCCACACCACCAUUGUUUCCUAUCGAUUUGGAUAUGAUACAAGAUAGAUUAAAAAACAAAUAUUAUACUAAUGCUUAUACGUUUACAGCGGAUGUUAGCCGUCUAUUAGAAAUAGCUGGACGCGCCUAUGCCAAUCAGAAGAAAGAUCAUUCGAAUGACAUACGCGCAUUUGAUACAUUUGUAAGACGAAAAAUGAAUGAAUUCGGUUUAGAAAUCGGCCACAUCCAACAAAUCUCAGAAUAG